AUGGACGACGCAGCCUUUGCGCAGCUGGUGUUCAACCCCUACGAGAGCAGCCGCGAACUCACGGACGACGAGAGGCUUCAGUUGCGGCGGGGGGUGCUGUUCGACAGCACCAAGAUCGACGUCUUCGAGCGGUCGAGCUUCCGUCAGCUCACCCCGCCCCUCUCCCCCGACCAGCUCCGACUGUUUGCUGAGGCGCUGGUGGAGGCGGACCUGGGCGAGUGGCCCGACGCUGAUCUGCCGUCGGGCCUGUGGAAGUGCCACAACCUGAAGAUGUUGUCCUGCCACGGCAGCAAAAAGAUCACGUCGUUGAGUCCUGCGAUCGGCCGCAUGAAGAAGCUGCGGGAGCUGAACGCGGGCAACUGCAGCCGGCUGCGCUUCUUGCCCUUCGAGAUCACACACACCCUUCUACCCCAGAAUCGCCAUCUGCUCGCCUUCACGACCGGGGACACGAAGGACCGGCUAGCACCUCUUCCUCGCUUCCCCACAGGUCCACUUUCGCUCAAGGAGACGACCGCGCGUGCGAUCGUGCGGCGUCCACCCGGCAGCCGACGGCCAGAUGAGGAGGUGCCGCUCCCUGCGGACCUGGAAUCGUAUCUGCGCGCCGCGAAGCGCUGCUCCAAGUGCCACGGGCCGUUCUUCGACGCCUACUUUGCGUGUUGGUCGGCGUGGGACAACGUCUUCUGGAAGGUGCCUCUGCUGUCGAUCUCGUGCUCGCGGCAGUGCGCCAGGGCCAUACCCAACCUCAUGGUCGCCGACGGCGAGCCUGUGCCGCCACCCACCUACCAGUACUCCGCCUACGACGACUAUGGCUAUGACGACGACUACGGCUAUGACGAUGACGACGACCGCUACGAUGAUUGUGAAGAGGAGCUGUUGCGUGAUCUGUUAUGA